AUGCGCGCCCGCCGGGGGCUGCUGCGGCUGCCGCGCCGCUCGCUGCUCGCCGCCCUCUUCUUCUUUUCGCUGUCGUCCUCGCUGCUCUACUUCGUCUAUGUGGCGCCCGGCAUAGAUUAUCCUCUUGACUUGAACCACAAUGAAACCUUCCUACAAACCACAACAUUUCUUCCUGAAGACUUCACCUACUUUGCAAACCAUACCUGCCCUGAAAGGCUCCCUUCCAUGAAGGGCCCAAUAGACAUAAACAUGAGUGAAAUCGGAAUGGAUUACAUUCAUGAAAUCUUCUCCAAAGACCCAGCCAUCAAGCUUGGAGGUCACUGGAAGCCUUCUGACUGCAUGCCUCGAUGGAAGGUGGCGAUCCUUAUCCCCUUCCGGAACCGCCAUGAGCACCUCCCAGUCCUGCUCAGACACCUGAUUCCCAUGCUUCAGCGCCAGCGCCUGCGGUUUGCAUUUUAUGUGGUUGAGCAAGUUGGCACCCAACCCUUUAAUCGAGCCAUGCUUUUCAACGUUGGUUUUCAAGAAGCAAUGAAGGACUUAGAUUGGGACUGUCUGAUUUUUCAUGAUGUGGAUCAUAUACCAGAAAGUGAUCGCAACUAUUAUGGAUGUAGACAGAUGCCGAGGCACUUUGCAACGAAAUUGGAUAAGUAUAUGUAUCUGCUUCCUUAUACUGAGUUCUUUGGUGGAGUGAGCGGCUUAACGGUGGAACAGUUUCGGAAAAUCAAUGGCUUUCCUAAUGCUUUUUGGGGUUGGGGUGGAGAAGAUGAUGACCUCUGGAACAGAGUACACAAUGCAGGCUAUUCUGUGAGCCGGCCAGAAGGUGACACAGGAAAGUACAAGUCCAUUCCUCAUCACCAUCGAGGAGAGGUCCAAUUUCUUGGAAGGUACGCUCUGCUGAGGAAGUCAAAAGAACGACAAGGGCUGGAUGGGCUCAACAACCUGAACUACUCUGCAAACAUCACAUAUAACGCCUUGUAUAAAAACAUAACUGUCAACUUGACACCCGAGCUGGCUCAGGUGAAUGAGUACUGAGAUGAGGAGACAAUAUGCGUUUGCUUAACCCACCCCCACCAAGAAAGUGGUCUGAGGAGAUGUUUUUGGGGACUCCAGAGGAAGAGAAUAGAAAAACAGUGUCUUGUGAAGGAUCACAGGGUUAAAGGAAAGAACGAGACAGAGCACACGCACAAAUCGCUUUCUCCAUGCUCACCUGCUGGGGUUGAGGCAGGAGGAAGUUUGAGGACUUCUUUAUCAGCACUGGCUUUCUAUUUUCACCAGACAGAUGUCUGUCCUGCUGCUCUCUCCCUGUCUCCUACCCCAGCAUCCUGUCUUAGCCACAACCUCCAGAACCCGUGAUGAACUGUAAUCUGCCAUGGUCCUGUGUGGAGCCUGUCCUUACGCCUGACCUUUGGAGCCUCUGGGCCUUCGGAGCAAAGAGGCAAACCCACCACAGGGCAGCUGCGUCUUAGGAAGAGGAAAUGAAACGCCACACAUCAGUCUUCUACAUCUGUGGUGUUCUCUUUUUGGUUUCAUUGUUUGAAAAAAUUACCUGCUUUGGGUGGGGAUUGAGGGUGGAGGGGAGGGAUCUGGGGAAGAUAAAUAGACAAAUAUAUAGCAAUCACUUCUUGAAGAAGUAUAAUUGUAAAUAAGCCAUGUAAAAUGCCUUUUUAAAAUUUAAUUUUAUAGCUGGCUCCAAUUCAAACUGAGGAUUUAUACAUCAGAUCACUUAUUUGGUUGGUAAAGGCAGGAAUUCAGUGAAUUCAGUGAAAAUGCAAUUGAAGAAUAUAUCCCAGAUUGCUGUCACUUUGGAAGGGAGUGGAUAUAGGGCACGUCACAAAAGAACAAAAUAAUGCAGUCUUUAUCACAGCUGAUUCCUUCUGUGUUCGUCCCUCAAGUCUUGAUGUUUGCCCUCCUUUCUCUCUUCCCUGGUGGUCACGUGCCCCUUCCUCCUGCUGUUGUGGAGCGAGCUCUCCCUGCUCAAAGCAAACCCUGCAGGGCUUGCUGUGCACACACCCUGGCUCUCUGGACUUUAUUUUUUGUCCUUUCAUCAUCAUAAAGAGAGAGGGGUUGUGUGGCGUUUUCUCCUGUCCUCUUUCUCUUGUGGAACUUGGCCACAAUUUCUGAAAGCUGUGCCUAAAUUACCAGUUGACUUCAGUGAUUCCUCUAUUUCUCUUUUUGUUUUCUGGAAAGAUUCUUUGUCAGCAUUAUUAACUAGUACAUAGAACUAAUGAGCAAUUAAAUUAGGAAGAAUUCAGCCAGGGAGCAGGUGACACUUGUGUGUUGUGGGUCAGCCAGAAUCCAGAUAAGACCAAAUCAAAGCUUUGAAAUUAGACCAGCAAAGCUCUAGAAUGUAAGAGCUCAAGUGCUCUGCUCACAACCUCACGUGCUUUUUGAAGUUGGGUUCAAAACUGCAUUUGAAUUUGUGCCUCUUGGUUUUUCCCUGAGCCAAAGCCCUCAAGUCAUAGUCCCUGUCAGCUUCUACAGAAUUCUGGAGAAUGCCAGUUUUCUCCCCCUCCUUUUUCAUAAGACAUAUUUAUAUAUUGUGAUUAGGAGUACUUUUGGAAAAGUACUUCAUAUUUUUUUUAACUGCCUUGUUUGCCUUCAACUUGCUUAAUUUUCAUGGUUUACAUGGGUGUGUGUGUAGGGGCGUAUGUGUAUAUAUGUGUGGGUUGGGUUUUUUCCAUUGCAUGUGCUGGUUCUGUGGACAUAUGAUCCCCACAAACUGUGGGAGUGAUUGGCCAGGCCUUGUUUUUUGUGUUUUUGUUCUUUUGAAGAAUAGAGUGAUAUUUAGAAAAUAAAUUGUAUUGCAAAGCUCUUAUCGGCUCAUAUGAGAGAGCAGGCUCCUGCCCUUGAGAAUGCUGGUAAGCUGUAUCAUGUUUUAAAAGAAUUUUAAGCAUUUUGUGCUUUCAAAUACUUUCAUGAGGGAACAUUACAUAUAGAAGUUCAUUUGGUUUUCCUUGUUUUAUGGUGCAUAUAGCAAUAAAGAUUUUUUCCUGCUUUUCUCA